UAUCAGCAGCAGCAACACCGGCAAUCGCAACAACAACAACAACAACAGCAACCACAGUACAUCCAGCCACCGCAGCAGUAUGCUGCUCCUGUUUCGAAUGCGUCCAGCAAAUCGAUGGGCAAAGUGCGCGUGUACCGAGCACUGUACGACUACGAGGCCCAAGACAAUGAUGAGGUUGGCUUUAGCGAGGGUGAUCUGAUCAUCGAGGUUAAUUCGAUCGAUGCCGGGUGGAUGACGGGACGUGUCGAGCGCACGGGUCUGACCGGAAUGCUGCCAGCGAACUAUGUCGAGCUGAUGAAGAUCUAGACGCACUACGCGUAUAGCUGGAACUGGAGCUGGAUCACUCUGUGUCACACUGUUGCUACUACCGUCGCCCCAGUUGUCCUCGGCCGGGAGCGAUUGUCAGCAGCGAAAGCUAUACAAUCACCGUAGAUGUGCAGUUUAUGAAUUAUUCGUUUUGUUUCGGUUUCAAAAUCAAAACAUUAAUCCCAUUACUAAAUCGAAUGCUACGAAUAUGUGCGUUUUAAAAGCAAUUUACCGGGUAGUGGUGUAAAGAAAUCAUUCUCUUUUGUUUGUUCGUUUGAUAAAUGCCACCUAAAUUCCUUGUAUCAAUACGUAAUGUGCGAGAGCGGUUCAGUUGCGUUGCUGGAGCGCUACCGGCACGCUCUACACAUCCCCUCCAGAGUGAAGAUCCUAUUUAUCGAGAAGGAAGUAUACUACAAUCGAAGCAGUAGUUGAUACCGACGGCGAGGGACGGCUGAGCACCGCUUACGCGGCGGUGUGCGUUCGUUGGUUUUAAUUUAAUUUCUUUUUUGUUAUCUGUUUUUAAUUAAUAUUAAUAUGUAUGCAUAUUUACUAUCUAUAAUAUUAUACCGGAACACCGGAACAGAUCGCAAAAAGGAAGAAAACACACAAAAACAAAAAUAUUGAUAUAAUCUGGAAGUAAUCCGAGCGCGAGACAGACAGUUUUAGGGCCAGGGUUCCGUUUUCUGGUGUGGUGCUUGGUUCGCAGUUUGUGUAUGAGAAGUAAAGCAUAGCAAAGAGACAGUCCGACAGGUACAUAGAAAGGAAGAGAACACAGUUUAUCAUUCGAAUAGGAAUGGAAGAAAGGCCGCGGGGAAACGGUUUAUCCUCUUAUCAGACGCAUGCGUCAGGUGCUGUAAGUGUGGUGCGUCAUUAUAUGCGCAGCGACUCUUGGAAUGUUAAGAAGCAGCUAGGAAGAGACCGUAGACUUUUUGUAAUAUUUGUACCGAGUAGUGUAUCGCAUUUUUUAUACAAACCCCCGUAACGAUGAAGGUUAGCAAAAAACCGAACCGAAUCCUGUUCGAUUCCGCGCCAUCAUUCGCAUGCCUUUCCAUUGUUGUAAACAUUUAAAUGUGCCUGUAACAGUAAGCCGGAACUGGAGAGGUGAGUUUUUGCUACUCAUGAUCGACUACAGUGCUAGUGAUUGUACCAUGUGUUCUACAAGAGAUUCAGAAACAACUUCCCGGAAAGCUUCCCGGAAAGCAGCGCAUGUUAAACAGUCAAUUGCCAGCCGGCAAGAGACCGAACAAACCGUAGAAAACAAUUGUAUACAAGCAACGUAAACGAUAAGCAAGCACCACGCGCAUAAUCAACUACAUACAAUGUUAGAGGAUUUACAAAACAAGGCCGAACCGAUAGUAUAUCCAGAUAAGCCUUUUUUGCGUUCCCGAAGCGAAUAUAGGUCAGAAUCAGGAUCCGCAAUCGAAGCUGUGCCAGCGGAGCCUAGUAGCGUUGAGGUGGUAGUAGUAGUAAUAGUAGGAUGGAAAGUGUGCUUCCUUAUAUGAAACGGAAUCCAAUUGAAGGUGGGAUGCGGUUCUCGACCAACGAGUAGACCGAAGAAUCGCAGUUCUAUAUAUACAGAUAUAUAUACAUAUACAAAUAUAUACAGAUAUAGAUAUAGAUACAAGGACAUCAUCAAUACACCACAUUGCGCCUUAGUAUAGUGCUGAUCGGAGCUGAUCUUUUUUUCCCCUGUUGUCUCGAUGCUCUUUACCAACACGUGCUUUAUCCGGUUGAACGUCUCUACUUAGCCACAGAAGCGUCAGAAGAACAUGUUGUCGUUGCGUGGAUGUGAAAGAAGAUGAAGAUGCAAAAUGCGCGAGCCUCGAAGGUGCAACAGCAAUCUGUCCCCAUUUGCCCUGUUACAAUUCCUUUACUGAUGAUAUCCGUUUUUUGUUUUCUAAUGUAAAGUGAGUAGUGUAUAGCGGCAGGCAAGAGUAGCAGCAGUAGAGUAACUAAACUAUUUCUUAAUAAAGUCAUCGUAAUCCUUGGAGGAAA